UAACCAAAAAGCUAGCUUAAAGAAAGAUCGAAAGAAAUCCACAUGUAUUAUUUAGUUAAGGAUCUAUCGGCCGGAGCCAUGUUAAGCAGCAUCAGCAAUAAUAACAAUAACGCCGCCGCCGCCGCCGCACCGUCUUCUCCGAUAUCCGAACAGUUUCCCGCCUUGGAUAACGGCAGCAAGCGGAAGCGCCGCCCCGCCGGAACUCCCGAUCCGGACGCGGAGGUGGUGUCGCUGUCGCCGAAGACGCUGCUGGAGUCGGACAGGUACGUGUGCGAGAUCUGCAACCAAGGGUUCCAGAGGGACCAGAACCUGCAGAUGCACAGGCGGCGGCACAAGGUGCCGUGGAAGCUGCUGAAGAGGGAGACGCCGGCGGCGAAGAAGAGGGUGUUCGUGUGCCCGGAGCCGACCUGCCUCCACCACGACCCGUGCCACGCGCUCGGGGACCUCGUCGGGAUCAAGAAGCACUUCCGGCGGAAGCACAGCAACCACAAGCAGUGGGUCUGCGACAAGUGCUCCAAGGCCUACGCCGUCCAGUCCGACUUUAAGGCCCAUCUCAAAACCUGCGGCACCCGCGGCCACUCCUGCGACUGCGGCCGCGUCUUCUCCCGGGUGGAGAGCUUCAUCGAGCACCAAGACGCCUGUAGCAUGGGCCGCCUCCGGUCCGAGUCGCAAUCACACCUACACCAGGCGGCGGUCGCGCCUUGCCUCUCCCGGACCGCCUCCAGCACGAGUCCUACCAGCGACACCAAUCUCAGUGUCGCUGCUUCGUGUUGGCCCGGCCUGCUUGUGCCGUCACACAGCAGCAGGCCAGGCACAACUACUACUGUUACUACUGCUGCUGCUACCACCGCGAACGUGGAUGCGGCGAGCACUUGCAUGGGACUACACCACGAUCUCCACCACCACCACCACCACAAUCACAACCUCGAGCUCCAGCUCCUGACGACGGGGACCGCGACAGCGGCCUCGUCGAGCAGGGGGGUGGAUGUCUCGGUGACGUCAAACGAAGGGGGUCUGGAGGACUCGAUGCCGCAACUCCAGCUGUCGAUUGGGUCGUCGUCGCCGUCGUCAGAUAAUGGGGCGCUGAGGGCGGCGAUGACCGAGAAGGCGUACGCGGAGGAGGCGAGACGAGAGGCGAGGAGGCAGAUAGAGUUGGCGGAGAGGGAGUUUGCGAACGCGAAGAGGAUACGCCAGCAGGCGCAAGAGGAUCUGGCGAAGGCGGCGGCUCUGAGGGAGCACGCCAUGCGCCAGAUCACCGCCACCCUCUCCCAAAUCACUUGCCGCGCUUGCAAACUCAAGUUUGAACCUCCCAAAUUGAUGGAUGAAUGAAUGAACAAAAUAAAUACUUCAUCACACUACAUAACUCAAAUAUUAUGUUUGUUCUUUUUUUGGUUUGUUUUUUGUUUGUUUAUUUGUUUUAGUUUUAAUAAACUUAUGAUAAUGAC